UAUUGUGCUACAAGCUAGUCCCGGUUGACAGUCGCAUUUGUGUGCGGUGAGCUUGUAAGUUUGAUAGCAUUUCUCCCACUCUGAGAUUGUAACCAUCCCACCAUGUCGGUACAAGUCAGCUCUCAGCAACUGCAGGAAUUUCUGGACUUUGCAGUGGAAGUAGCUAAGAAGGCUGGAGAGAUGAUAAAAGAUGGAUUUUCCAAGAAGAAAAAUGUGGAAACGAAACAGAGCAAUGCUGACCUUGUGACCGAGACGGACCAAGCGGUGGAGAAGUGGGUGAUCGGAUACAUCAACGAAAGAUACCCCUCACACAAGUUCAUAGGCGAGGAGACGACAGAUGGCGAUGUCCCCUGUGACUUUACAGACGACCUGACGUGGAUUGUUGAUCCUAUCGAUGGAACCACCAACUUUGUACACAGCAUCCCUGAAGUAUCGUAUUCCAUGGGGUUGACAGCCAAUAAGGAGGUGAUAGUGGGUGUUGUCUAUAUACCUGUCCUUGACAUUAUGUACACCAGCAUGAAAGGUCAUGGGUCAUACUGUAAUGGAAGGAAGCUUGCUGUAAGCAGUGUUACAGAUCUGAAGCAGAGUAUUGUCAUCCAUGAAGGAGGCAGCUCUCGGGUUCCGGCAGUGGUGGACACCAAGAUGAAAAACAUACACAGCAUUGUCAAUCACAGUCACGGUAUCCGAGCAUACGGAUCUGCUGCCAUCAACUUCUGCCGAAUAGCGGACGGGCAGGGGGAGGCGUACGUGGAGUACGGCAUACACUGCUGGGACUUUGCAGCAGGCUUGCUGAUAGCUGAGGAGGCUGGGGCGUACGUCAUGGACCCCGACGGUGGACCGUGUGACCUGAUGAAGCGGCGGGUUCUGGUGGCGUGUGGGGAGAAAGUGGCCCGAGAAUUGUCUGCAAUAUUGACCCAUCUGGAUAUGGGGAGAGACUGAGGUCAUCACUCACGACAUUCUAUUCAGUGUGCAUGAAAUUGUGUCUGAUGAUAAUUAAUCGUGAGAUUCUGACGUGCCAGUAUCUGUGACUAUGUUACGUCUUGUAUGUUGUUUCAUCUUCUGUGUCACACACUGACAUGCCAGUAUCUGUUGCAGUUUUGUCAUAUGCAGUUGUCAAUAUUAUCUCUUGUUGGCUCGCCACAACUGUAGGCCCUAAUGAGUUUUUAUCCUUGCAUCUUGUCCGUCUGUCCAUUCGCCUGUCUGCCUGUUAACUUUCCACUUCUUCUUUGUCUGCCUAUCUGUUAACUUUCCACUUCUUCUCUGUCUAUCUGUUAACUUUUCCAUCUUCUCUGUCUGUCUAUCUGUUAACUUUCCACUUCUUCUCUGUCUAUCUGUUAACUUUCGCAUCUUCUCUGUCUGUCUAUCUGUUAACUUUCGCAUCUUCUCUGUCUGUCUAUCUGUUAACUUUCCACUUCUUCUCUGUCUGACUAUCUGUUAACUUUCCCAUCUUCUCUGUCUGUCUAUCUGUUAACUUUCCACUUCCUCUUUGUCUGUCUAUCUGUUAACUUUCCACUUCUUCUGUCUGUCUGUUUGUUAACUUUCCCCUUCUUCUCUGAACUGACUGAAGGGUAGAGCUUGAAACUUCAGAAUGUGUUGUAUCAUAAUUGUGGAAACUCAUUAAGACUCUUCUCUGAAAGCAAGUCAGAAUAUGAAACUUUGAUAUGAUGUGUAGCAAUUCAGAUUUGUUGAUGCCAGAUAUACAAUUUUUUAGUUUUUAAUCAACAAUUUGAAAAGUUUCUUUUACGCAUGUUUUUGGCACCAUCAUCUGCACUAAGCAUUGGUAAUUGUUUGACAACGUCGUGAACAUAAAUUAUCUUACAUAUCAGAAACUGCUUCAGCAGAUGCUGUAAUACUUUGUUUUAUGAAUAUGAUAUUGAAUCAUCUGUUGUGUCACACCCAGCAGAUCACAUCACACCACCUCCUUCAUAUUGUUUGGUGAGAGAAUCCACCAAAUAUAACAUUCCGUUUUCUAAGAAUGUAAUGUGAGCUACAGUGCCUUGUGCCAUUUGGGUUUAUGCAUUGGUAUAAUGCAUACAAUGUUCAAAGGGAUAGUUUACAUGUCUAACCUGAUAGAUUUGUUUCCUUCAAGGAAAAGCAUCUUGAUUUUCAUCACAAUCAGACCUUGAGAAGUCUUUCCAAUGCCUGUAUGUGAUACUUGGGGAUUAAUUACCAAAAGGUUAUAAUGCUUUGCAGACUUACCCUUGAAGGUCAGGGUUAGAAUCUGUCUUUACCAACCCAUGCUUGUGGUAAGAGGUAACUAACAGGAUCGGGAGGUCAGGCUCGCUGACUUGGUUGAUGCAUGUCAUCGUAUCUCAAUCAACGUCUACGUAGCCAGUCAUCAUAGGCCGACAAGGACCGCAGCUCAUCAUAACAGUCACUGGAUUGUUCAAGAAUCUAUUAUUCACAAAUCAUCAUUAUAUAGCUGGAAUAUUUUGGAGUGCAGUGUUAAACAACAAACAAACAUAACAGAUCAUCUGCCCUGAGUGACUGUUGCUCUAUUCAUCAUCACUGAUCAUGUACAUGACUGACAGUCUGUAAUUCUGAGUUUCAAGAAGGUUAUUCUAAACUCUAUACAAUGUCAUUAUAAAAAGGAAAAUGAAGAAAAACGUAUUAAAUGCAAUCUUAGUCAAAUCAGAUCUUAGUUCUCUCUAUGGCUAAAUAAGAUCUGAGGACAUUCAUUAUGAGGCCUUUGGUGAACUUUGACCGACCAAUGAAAUGACCAACAAGAAGUUGACAUUAGCCAGUCAGAAAGCAGCUUUCUCGAGCUUUACGGCACUAGUUUCAAACUGGUGACUUCCAUUUCAGACUAUGCUUUAAACAUGACGAAAACGUUCACAAUUACAAAUUUGAAAACUCAACAAAAGAACAUUCUGGAAUGUCUAAUAUAAGGUUGAGAUUGUAUGACAGUACUUCACACAUGCUAUGCAACGUCUCUUCCAAGCAAACGUUUAUUCCAUUGAAGCGAGAGAUAGACGAUGAUUUUCAUGGAAUCAGUUGUACAGGCCGUAACUGGCGUUCGGAAUUCUUUUUCUGGUAAGCGACACUUGCGAUUGGUUGGAUAAAAGGUCGUUCUGACGCGACCCGUAUAAUGGGAUGUCCUCAGAUCAUUGUUUAGCUGUAGCGAGAACUAAAUUGCUAAAAAGUACUUAGAUGCUAAGCUACAAGUACUAAGAUGCUAUGCUACAAAGUACCAAAUUGCUAAGCUACAAAGAACUAAGAUGCUAAGCUACAAAUAACUAAGAUGCUACGCUACAAAGCACUAAGAUGCUAGGCUACAAAGAACUAAGAUGCUAAGCUACAAAGUACUAAGAUGCUAAGCUACAAAGAACAAAGAUGCUAAGCUACAAAGUACUAAGAUGCUAAGCUACAAAGAAUUAAGAUGCUAAGCUUCAAAGAAUUAAGAUGCUAAGCUACAAAGUACUUAGAUGCUAAGCUACAAGGAACUAAGAUGCUAGGCGACAAAGUACUAAGAUGCUAUGCUUCAAGGAACUAAGAUGCUAAGAUACAAAGUACUAAGAUGCUAGGCUACAAAGAACUAAGAUGCUAAGCUACAAAGUACUAAGAUGCUAAGCUAAAAAGAACAAAGAUGCUAAGCUACAAAGUACUAAGAUGCUAAGCUACAAAGAAUUAAGAUGCUAAGCUACAAAGAAUUUAGAUGCUAAGCUACAAAAAACCUAAAGCCAAAUGUAGUCCAGAUGAUGUAAUGUUUUUGAUUUGUGGUGUCAUAAUGGAUGGUGUCACAUGAGUUCUCAACAAUGAAACAAUGUUAGUUCAUGUUGCUUCAGCUGACCAAUCAACAUGCCAAUAUGCAUAUGUGAAACUUUCAGAAAGUUAUUAUAUGAUAAUUGUCUUCUCUUCUGGAUAAUGCUUAUAUUUUUGCCAAUUUCGUAGGGCUUUAGCUGGGGGAUUUUGUGUUGUUUUGUUACUUCUGGAGCUGAUACCCAUGACUAACAAUCAGGUUUUCCCAAAAAUAUAUUUCUUAAAAUUGUAAGCAGAUAUGUGUGCAAUAUGAAUUGGACAGUCAGGGAAAGUUAUCUCCGUUCUUUUGGUAAUUGUUCAAUUUAGACAUAUUGGUACAGAUAUACAGUCAAGUCCCGUUAAUACGACAUUGUUGGUUGCAUAUGAUUAUGUCGGAUGAACGAAAUUUGGUAGUUUCAACGUUCGUGAUCGAAAAUCGGACAACUACACGAUAGAUUACGAUUCAAACACGUUGUAAUAAAACAAAAGGAAAAAGGAAA